UGUUUCCGGAAAUAGGAAGUUUUUGUAAGUUGACACUCUUCGUCUGUCGAACAGGUUGGAAUGAUAGAUACAAACCUGAAAUGUACAAUUUCUGAACAAGGAAGUUGAAACGUCGAAACGGACAUUCCAAAAUUCCCAUACCAAAAAAGGGAAACCAAAACUACAGAACUCUACUGCCAGACAUUGAAAUAAAGGAAAGAAGUUAAUAAGAUGUUGUCAAAAAUGCCAUUCGGAAAGAAGAAAAGUUCUAGUUCAGAUGACAAACCCAUGAGUAUAUCUGGCCCCACAGAGGUCAAACAUAAUGUACAUGUUGGUUUUGACAGGCAAACAGGAGAUUUUGUAGGCCUUCCACCUGCAUGGAAUUCACUCCUUCAACACUCCAAUAUCUCGAAAGAGGAACAGAAGAAAAAUCCAGAAGCUGUCAUUAAAUCCAUCAAAUUCUUGAAGAAAUCAUUUAAACAGAAAAGUACACAUGAACAGAAAUAUCUUAAAGUUGCAACUACCAUUGAAGAAUCUGAGGAUGAACUUAGUGAUGAAGACAAAAGCCCCAUGCCACCACCCUCACCUCACGGAAAAGAUGCCAGAUCAGAUGAGGUUUUUGUCACUGCAAAAACUGACCCAAACAAGAAAAAUGAUAAUCAUGGAGAUGAAAUAGAUUCCAGAACAAACAAUGUUACAGAUGGCAUGGCCAAAGUUACCCUUGACAACCAGAAAACAAAAGAGGAUGCAGAGGAAGAAGUAUUACAAAGACGUCCUAAAUCUCAGAAAAAGAAUCUAAGUGAUGAUGAAAUUCAUGCAGGAUUGCAACGGUUAGCUUCACCUGGAGAUGCCUCCUCUAAAUAUCAGAUUCAAAAGAAACUCGGUUCAGGUGCCUCUGGAAAUGUAUGUAUGGCCAAACCUGUUGAUGCUGAUGCAGUAGUUGCUAUUAAAAUGAUGGAUUUGACAAAUCAACCAAAAAAAGAACUUUUAAUUACAGAAAUCGAAGUAAUGAAGGAUUAUAAACAUCCAAAUAUCGUCAAUUUCUUAGAUUGCUAUUAUCUAUCAGAAAAACAAGAACUAUGGGUAGUAAUGGAAUAUCUAGAUGGCGGUGCCUUAACUGACGUCGUAACAGAAACCAUCAUGAACGAGGGACAGAUUGCUGCAGUGUCACGAGAAUGUCUACAGGCAUUAGACUAUCUGCAUGAAAAACAUUGUAUACACAGGGAUAUAAAGAGUGACAAUGUCUUACUUGGUAUGAAUGGGACAGUUAAAUUAACCGAUUUUGGUUUUUGUGCUCAACUCAGUGGUGAUAGUGCAAAAAGGCAGACUAUGGUUGGAACUCCCUACUGGAUGGCCCCAGAGGUAGUGUCCAGAAAACAUUACGGAAAGAAAGUAGAUAUCUGGAGUAUGGGAAUCAUGAUUAUAGAAAUGUUAGAAGGGGAACCACCUUAUUUGAAUGAAACCCCACUGAAGGCCAUUUAUCGUAUAGCAACGAAAGGAAAACCAGAUAUCAAAAAUGCAGAAAAACUGUCUCCUGAAUUGAAGGACUUCCUAGAUCGGUGCUUGGAAGUGGAAGUUGAAAAACGUGCCGACACUCAGGAGUUACUAGCCCACAAAUUUCUAGCAAAAGCGAGACCACUGACAACAUUGCGACCCCUGAUUGUGGCAGCUAAACAAGCCACAGGACAUUAGUAUUCAUAAUUAUCUAAAGAAAGCUCCAGACUUAGGUUUUGUGUAGGGAUGUCAUGAUAUGCUGGCUGUACACUGUAUUACAUACAUACAUGUAUACUAUCAUACUAUGUAUGAUCAAGUAACAGCAUCUAAAUGAUCACAUAUUUACUUAACUUGCAUCUUUUUCUUGAAGGCUUUUUUAAAACAUGUUUUAAAGUCAGUCAAGGAACAACUUCUUCAACCAUGGCAUUUUUUCACAUUUACAAGCAAGCUUUUCUUACCAAAUGUUUGAAAAAGCUAGCAAUAAAAUACUUCUUUAAAAGGUAAAGGAAAUGGGGAAAAAACUGAAGAAAAUAUGAAAAUAUAAGUUUUAUUUGGGAUGAUGUUGUGUAUUGUAAUGAACUACAUAUGUAUACCUGUAUAUGAUGACACCCCUAACAGUUGCUGUUAAGCCAGUUAUGUAUACUAAUCCUAAUAUAUUAUACAGUUCUAUGUCAUUUUUUUUAAUUUGCUUCAUUUAACUGUAGAUGGAUAUUUUUUUAUAUAAUGCUUUUAUGUUUUUUAUGUAAUUCAUGUGCAGACUGUAUAAGUUUAUAAAUCUGUAUUGUUUAUUAAUGUUUAGGUCAUGCAGUUAACAUUAUUCAUUUCGAUCUCAUACUUGAAAAAUGGACACUUUACACCAUAGAUUAAUUAUAUCCACCAGAUUAUAUGUUGUGUUUGAAGAGUUCCUUAAGUCGACAUACCAAUGGUAUAUAAUUGUUGUCAAAAUAAAUGGCAUCAUAGAUUAUUGAACAAAAAUAACAUUUUUGUUUCAAAAUCUUUUUCACUUCCAUUUAUUAACUAAGAUUAAUCUGACCAGAAAUUCAGUUUAAAGGAGAAAUUUCUUAUUUACCUGUGAAUUUAACUUGAUAUGGAGAGAUAAAAAUUAGUUAUGAAUAAAAAAAUUAUCAGCAAAAUGAAAUAAGUAAACAACUGCAAAUACAUUUUUAGGUUUUGUGGGAACAUUAUUUUGUUGGUAAAUUUUACUUUUUGUACCAUCAAAAAUGUUAAUAGUUCUGUAUUCUGGCGUGCAUUUCACAGUUUCUACAGACCCCAGGAAAAUUAUUAUCUGUUAGAUUAAAAUAAAUCUACGUUUACACAUAAACCUUAACACUUUAAUCAUGUCAUUUGUAAGGAAAUAUCACUUAGAUAUUUGUUGUUCAUAAAGUUUGGUUUAAAACUAUUUUACACUAAUUCCAAAAAAUGUUCUGCCAUUUGAGCAAAUAACAACUAAGUUGGGUAAAAUUAUUUCUAUCCCUUUAAAAAAUAUGUCAGAUUUUUCAGGAUUUUUAUUUAUGACAGCUUUAAAUGAAAACUUCAUGCAAGUCAAGAUGUUUACUUGAUAUGCAACUUUUUUAAUAAAUUUGACCAAUUGAAGCAGUGCUUGUAUACACAUAAGUGAUUUUUGCAAUUAAGAGUCUUUAUUUUUUUCGAAUUUGUCUGUAGAGCCAGACAUUUGAAAUAGCAUUAUAACCAAGAGGAUUUUUUUCACAUGGCAUCAUUUCACAGAAUCAAGGGGUAAAUUGAUUGUUAAACAAAGAACAAUGAAUCAUAUCACUUUAUCAGGAAAAAAACAAGUGUUUGAUUAGGAUACUCAUGCCGAAAUUCACAAGGAAAAAGGCAGAGAAGGAAAGCUGUUACUUGAAAACUAUGUUAACAUUUUAUAAACUUGAAAUAUAUAUGAUAUCAUUGAUUUGAUACACAGUUUACAAAAUUUGUAUCUGAAAGGCUUUUUAAGGAAUGUUGAGAGAUAAUGGGGUUGCUGGGGGUACUAUAUACACAUGGCAUAGGAAAAGGCCAUAAGUGUAACAAAAUAUUUAAGAAAAUUUGAAAUCAUGAGAAGGAAAUAUCUUUUACAAAAUUACCAUAGUUUAAUUUCAGCUAGACAAAUUAGCUGCCUUUGUACCUGUGAGGAACACAUCUUCAAAGUGUACUCUUAUAACAUUUAUCUGUAGUUAUAUUGUCAAAAUCCUUGAUUAUAAAGGGUAUUAAUUAUGUCAUCUGCUGUAUUUGUCACAUAGGAAUAGAGAUAUUGUCAUUAAAAACCUUUACUAUUAUGUUUGUAAAAAAGAGUUUCUUACGGAGCGGAGCGUUGUUUUCAGUCACUAUUCAAUUGAACAUAUUGUAAAUAUUCUGUUAGCAAAAACACAAUAUCAGUUUAAGAAGUUAAUUAAUUGUCAGUGUAACUAAUGAAUUAUACUUGUAUAUAAGUAGAGCAAGAUCAUACUUCAUAAUAAAAUAGCAAAUUUGGAUAAUUUAAGAACACAUAAAUGCAUUAAUGCCAAAAAAGAUAGAGUUUCUAUCUAUCACAGUGAGAGAGAAAAAAUUUAAGAAUAAAAAGAUUCUAUUUUUUCUUUAUAUUUCUUUGGGUAGUUGGGGCCUUAUGAUCAUGCAUAUAAAUUGCACUGUACUUUAUAUAUAUAGUUAUAACAUUGAAGUUAUAGAAAAAAACAUCUUGUUUUUCUAUUAUUUUAAAUCAAGAUGAAUGUAACAGAGUUUAAGUGCUGCAAUGAUCCGUUUUAAUUAAUUAUACCUUAACUUUUGAAAUAGUGUUGUCAGACUUAACAUAUCAGGAAAAUAUCAGAUAUACACUCUGUACAAAUUGAAAAUGUCAUCUGACAUUCCUUUCAGUGGAAAAUAUCAGAUAUACACUCUGUAUAAAUUGAAAAUGUCAUCUGACAUUCCUUUCAGUGGAAAAUAUCAGAUAUACACUCUGUAUAAAUUGAAAAUGUCAUCUGACAUUCCUUUCAGUGGAAAAUAUCCGAUAUUUAUUUUAAAUCUGUGUGAAAUAUUAUCUGAUAUAAUUCCAAAUCUGGAGAAAAUGUCAGAUAUUUAUUCCAAAUCUGGGGAAAAUAUUAUCAGAUAUUUAUUCCAAAUCUGGGGAAAAUAUUACCAGAUGUGAAUUUUAUUGGGUGUUACUAUUCAUGCUGUAUUCAUAUGAUAUCAACAUGUUACUAUCUUUGCUGCUGGUCAUUGUUAAUUCAUAAAUCAAUUAAAAGUCGUGGUUUUGAUAGAUACAAAAUCAGGAAAAGGGAUUCGUUGCAAUUAAAAGUAAUUGUACAGGAAUGGAAAAAUGUUGCCUGGACUUUUUAUUGAAAAUGACAAAAAUCUAUGACCAGCCCAUAUCUAAAAUACAAAUAAUUAAAUAAAAACAGGAAUAUAUAUUUUAACGAUUCAUAUGAUUUAGAUACAAAGUUUUACCCUUUUUUUUUUACUCUGAUGUGACACCUUCCCGGUAUUUGAAUUGUUAUCUUAUAAAGGAGAUCUGUAUCAUUAACAUUAUAAUGUAAAUUUGAUAUCAUUGUGUUUAUAAAUUGUACAGUCUUGCAUUUAACCCAUUCUAGGUCUAUUACAAUUUUCUGAAUUGGGGAAAAUAUUGUACCCUCUGUCAGAAAAAAAAUUGUUAAACAAAUGUCAAAAAAGUAUGUCUGUUUUGGUAAUAAAAUUUUAGACUAUAAACUGUUUUAAAAUACUGUCCAGGGAAAAUUUAAUUUUCAUCAUUUAAAAAAUUUCUACUUUACUUUGAUUGUAUAAAAUUAACUUAUCUUAACUUCAAAAACAAAACAAAUAUGGAAAAAAAUAUAUGAACAUUGAGAAAAAUGUAUUGCUGCAAGGCAAGUUAGCUUUUGAACAUUGGACCCAAUAUUAAAAUUAUUUCAUUAAAAGUUCUUUUUCUACUUUGAAUCAUUUGCGUAGUUUAUUGAACUAUUUUUUUAUUUUUAUGAGGUUCUGUAUGGUUUGAUUUUUGUUAAAAACAUUCCAGUAUGAUGGUAUACAGGUUAUAUUUUACCAAUAGACUUAAUAUAAAGUAUGCAAAUUAUUUUAUACCAGUCUUUAUAUGAAAACGUUUUUUUAAAAAUACUUUUUCAGAAAUUUUUAUUUUGCAACUGUUAAUUAUACAAGUUUUGUUAAGAAUAUUUGAGUGCAGGGCACACUGCCUAGUUGUUUUAGAUGCACAUUUUGUUAGCUUUGAGAUUUGUAAAUAUGUAUUUUAAUAACAGUUUUUAUGAAUAAAGCAAUAUAAUGUCA